UCAUGUCACAUCUACUCAUAUCAUCACAUUUUGUUUGAGUUUGUUUUAGUGAGUCUUGCUUGCUUGAUAAAAAUCGGGAGUGAUCUUGGGACUCGCCUGUAUAUUCAAAGUUUGUUUUGUCUUGUGUAUGUGAAGCGUUGUGUUGUUUCUAGGUUUAUAGUGAGCUUUGAGUUAGUUGUUAACUUUCACAUAGCCUAGGCUAUAUUACAAAUACCGUAUAAGAGGUUGGUGUUCUUUUAAAGGAUAGGCCUACCUUAAGAUAUCAAGUCUAGUGGUUAUGGCUUGUAUAAGAACAGCAACUGAUGAAAACUCGGAUGAUGAAUUGGACCCCAGAAUACAGAUUGAACUGGAGCGAUUGAACAAUGCAACUGAUGAAAUCAAUAAACUUGAAAUGGAGCUUGAUGAAGCUCAGGGGACGUUCCGCAUACUGAUGAAUGACUCGAAGCGCCGCAUGACAUUGUACCACCACAAGCUAGGCUCCUGUGUAGACAAGGCCCGGCCUUACUACGAGGCCCAGGAGAUCUGUAGACGGGCUCAGACCGAAUGUCAACAGGCCGCGAGGAAGUUCCAACGAGCAAGUGAGAUCCAUGCUGCUGCUAAGGAAACCGUAGCCCUGGCCGAGGCAAGGUAUUUCAGCAAACAGGACGAAUGGCAAUUUGACACUGCUUGGCAAGAGAUGCUCAACCAUGCCACCAAGAAGGUGAUGGAGGCUGAACAUAACAAAUCGGAGAGUGGUAGAGAACACCAAAAGAGAGCGACACUCUACCAAGCCGCUGAGCAGAAGGUCCAGAUGCUGGAGCAAAAGCUAAAGAGAAACAUUGUCAAGUCCCGCCCUUACUUUGAUGAGAAGGCGUUGUGUGAGAGUAGCCUGAAUGCGCAGAAACAGCGGAUCACAGAGCUACAGACAGCCAUAGCUAAGACCAAGGCUGCGUAUUCUGCGUCCCUACAUCAGUUGGAGGCUAUAUCCGAGGAUAUACACAGGCGGCGGAAAGAGAAGAGUUUGCCUAGAGGACCGAGAGAGCCAGGAGUAGGGGCUGAAUUGGUCCCUCCCCCUCCUGACGAGGUGCCUCUCAACAGACCUGCAGUUACGGAGAGCCCAGCGCACUGCACCAGCCCUAGCCUUAAGGAGUUGGACUGCGUGUUGGAACUGGACGACACCAUCAGUCUAGGCAGUGUGUCUCGCGCCACCUCGUCUGUAGUCUCGGACUGUGAGGACAAUGAGGAGGAUCUAGACGUGUUGCGAGCCCACUUCAAGGAGCUGUCACAGAUGAGUUCAGAAGACAAAACGGAAGCUUGGGAGAACGAACUGAGUGAGACGAUCUCGCGACUCGACAACGCUCUGUUGCUGCGGGAAUGUGAAGAGGAGCUGCGUAGUUCCUUGGGGAGUACUGCAGAAACUGCAGAAGCUUCUGCAGCCCCUUCUACCAGCAAUGCUCAGCCACAGCUCUAACUGCAGAAUGAUCUACUGCUGCGGCAAUGUAAGAGAAACUUUAUAGUUCCAUAUAUAGUGCUAUGGGAUUUAUUUGGUAGCAGAGUGUUAUUAAACUCAUGGGAUGUUAUUUGGAAUCUGCAGAGUUAUUAUGUUAGGUUGUGUUAAUAGAGGCUAACGUUCAGUUACUUUUAGACAUACCAUCAUCUGUUUUCACUAAGUUUGUCAGAUAAACAACGGAUUAUGUAACCUGUCUAAACAUUUCUGUAUGUAACUUAUUUGACUAUUUGUCUGAUUUAGGAUGGAAUACCAUCUUGAACCAUUCCCCCUUAAACACUACAAAAAAAUGGGUUUUCAUUUUUCAAUAACCAAACAUUUAUUACAUCUUUUAUUCUUACGAGGUCUCAUUGCUUUAUUUUUUAUGGCUUUAAUUUAUUUGUGAUAUUUUGAGUUUUAAAUUGUUUUUUCUUUGGUAAACGUUCUUGUAGGCUAAAACAAGAUUUUUUCAAUUGAAUGGGUUGUGAAAGUUACUAUAUAAACUGUCAUUGUAGGAACAUUCUAUACAAUGCAGCCAAAUAAAGAAUGACACCAAAUGAUUAACGAACAAUAUUCAUUUUGAUAAGCUUGUGGUUAAUUAACAAUGAUUUCACAUAUCCUAAAAGCUUGCUCAUAAGAAGGUCUUAAAUGCUUAAUAUAUUUAACAAUAGUUAAAAUAAUAUAGCAAAUCUUGAAUCUAUUUUUAAACUUUAUAUGUAACUUUACUAUUCGGGUUGUAAUUUUGAAAGUUUAUAUAGUUGAAUUAAGGUAAGCAGUGGCUGAACGAAGUUUAUUUAUGCUUUAGUGAGUGCCAUUCAUAAUAAGUUUAAUUUAAUUGUAUUUUUUGUAGCAAGAAGUCCUAAAAGACACGUGUAUGGUAUUUGUAGUUAGCUAAUGUAGUUUUUGUUGGUUUUUACUUCGUAAAUUUCUAACCAUGUUGAUUGUUAAUUUUAGUUGCAUGUUUUUUUUUUAUUAGGUUUUAGUUUUUGUUAUUUAUUUGUCAUUUGACUGUGGAGUAGAUGACUUCACCUCAAAUACAAUUUAUUAUAAUUGAACAUUUUCUUAAACCAGUAUUCAUGAAAUUGACUUUCAAAUUGUUAUUUAUUUUGUUUAUAGUCACAAUAAUGACAAACUGUAAAGUAUUUGACUGUAAAUAAUGUUAGUAAAGUUAUGAUGUUCCUUAUUAAGUAUUUUGUGAUAUAAAAAUAUUUACUAACAUCCACUAGCCUCUGGUUCUAUUUUUUCUCAUACAAGUCUUAAGCCCUGCAAAAUAUUAAAAAUGGCAGUUAAGAAAAUUAACUUUUAUUUUUUUUUGCUACAUAUUUUUAGCCUUUUAUAACUUUUAUGUUUAACAUUUCUUGUGUAUCUAUUAAAGAUCUGAUUCUAUAAACAAUUAUUGAUAUAAAGGGGUAGAAACUUAAAAAUUAUAUUUUCUCAAAGAAUGGCUGUGUAAAAUAUUAUAAUGUGAUUAGCUGUAAUCACAGAAUCUACCAAGAUUUUGUAAAUAAAACCGGGUGUAUUUUUUCCAUGAAAUUAUCAA